UCGUCCUCCUCUCUCUCUCUCUCUCUCUCUCUCUUCGCAGCUUCCCUUAUAUGUACGCAACUCUUGCGCCUCCAGUCUCUCCUUUCCAGCUCCACCUUUUACACCAAAGUUGCAACCACCCUCCUCUUCCUUUCCGGUGCAGAAAUUGAUACGCCGUCCACGCACAGCUUUCCAGCUAUCCCUCCUCUCCUCCUCCUCCUCCAUAUCAACUCCUCCCUUUCUUGCAAAGUUCUGUCUCUGUCUCUCUGUCUCUGUCUGUCUCUGCAUAGUCGUUUCUCGUGGAGUCUCUCUCUGGUUUCCAGCGACGAAGAUGAUGGCCGAGAAGCACCUGCACGAAUUGCUCCGGGAAGACCAAGAGCCCUUCCAUCUCCGGAGCUACGUCUCGAGCAGGCGCAAGAAUUGCCUGCUCAGGAGCCCCAAGAAGCGACGACCCAUCUCGCAAAACUCGAACUUUGGCCAUAGUUUCUGCAGAAACCCGUGCUUUUUCGCCUCCUCCCCAGACCCGACAAAAUCCCCGCUCUUCGAUCCCCGGACCCGUGCCCCAACUGAUAAAAAUGCCAUCUUUCUCCACGUCCCGGCCAAAACGGCCGCUCUGCUGCUCGAAGCGGCUCUCAGAAUUCACAACCACAGCGAGAACGAGCGCGAGAGCAAGAACAAGAACAGCGGCGAGAGCAAUCCUUCUUCUACGAAACCCGCUGGCGUUGGGAUCUUCGGCUCGCUGCUGAGAAGGCUGUCGAAACAGCGGAAGUUCAGAGGACGAGCGGGGGAGGAAGCCGGCGAUCAUGGGUCGACGCUUUCGGUGAGGGACAUUCUGAGGCCGAGAAGAUCUUUCCGCACGAGCAAAGAAGACGACGAAGAGUUCGUGGGUUCAUUCUUAGCAGCAAAAGAGGUCGCUUUUGUCGCCAAAUCAAGGUUAGAUGCAGAGCCUUCUUAUAAUUCAUCAUCAAGCGAAAGCGAAAGCGAAAGCGAAAGCGAGAGCCCCCGUCCAUUUAUGCUCCGAAAGAGCCCGCCGUCCGGUCGCCGCACUCCGGAAUUCCAGUCGCCGGCGGCAUCGCCUAGACCCCAUGACCCGAAGGACGAGGACAAUCGCGAAGCAAUGAGCUUGAAGAAAUUCGAAGAGCGAGAAGCCGAGGGGGAGGAGGAUGAAGAGGAAGAGAAGGAGCAGUGCAGUCCCGUGUCCGUGUUGGACCAUCCGUUCGAGGAUGACGAUGACGAGCGCACCACCGAGGAUUACGACGGUGACAAAGGUUACGCUUUCGACUACGAGAGCAGCUACGCCCUCGUGCAGAGAACAAAGCAGCAGCUCCUGCAGAAGCUUUACAGAUUCGAGAGGCUCGCGGAGCUAGACCCAGUUGAGCUGGAGAAGCGAAUGCUGGAACAGAUCAGCGAUGAGGAAGAUGGCCCAGAAGAGGUGAUGUCUAAGGAUCAUGACGACGAUAUCGAACCUGUGAGUACAGAAAAAGGCGGCGACGGUUUCGCCAAACAAUCCCUGACUAGGCCGAGCCUUUGUGCUCUGAGGAAUGUGAGAGUCCCAAGUGAGAUGAGGAGGCUAAUCAUCAAUGAGGAUGAGCAAGGGAAGCAGGUUUAUGUGGUGGGGUCAUGGAAGGGGGUGGAUUUUAGUACCAUUGAUAUGAUGGUGGAUCAAGACUUCAUUAGAGAUGAGGUUGAUGGGUUGUGGAAGAGAAGCAAUAACAAGGACCAGGUGGGGGACACUGCAGCGGAGAUGGAGCUUGCUAUUUUAGGGUCAUUGGUACAAGAACUGACAGAGGAAUUAUCGUGUGGUUUUGGCAGCAACAAGUUCUAGGAAGGGUGGAAACUUUAUUUGAAAUGUUGAAGUCAAUCCCACCCGCCUGAUGAGUUCGAGUUGUGGUCGACAUUCACUUGAAGAGGAUUUGAAAACUGAAGCAUUUGGUUGGGGGAGUGUAAGCUAACUCGCGCCUUUGGAGGGAUGGAGACUAACACUGGAGAUCAUCUGAACACGAAAACAGAAGGAAACAAGAAAGAAAAGACAGACAUUUAGUGAAAUGAGAGGAUCUUAAAUUGUAGUAGUAUGUGUACGUAUGUACUUUUUUUGGGCCAUCUAUGUAUAUGUAUAUAUGUAUGAAUAGUUAAGCAAUGGAGAAUGUGGUCUGAUUGCUGAGAGGCAUGACAUGCAGCAA